GGGAAACGGAUGGAGGCUUUGAACCCUGGCAGAGUUCUCUGAGGAAAAGCAAGGUGCACCUCCGCCCCCUCCGCCCCCUCUUUCGACCGGCGGCUCCACCCCUUCAGCUGGUGACUGCUUUGCACCCGCCGCGCACCAAAAAACCGAGAAAACGCGCGGCCGCCGCUGAAGCUCCGCGGCAGACCGGGCAGGUCGACCGCGGCGACGAUGUAGGUGACUUUGGGCCCCUGGUGCCCGUGUCGGUGCCCGUGAUCUGUGAGCCGUCGGACGCUGUGUCGGAGUGCAGUUCGCUGGGGCUUCCUGCCUCAUUGAACGAAGAAUUGCAGCAAGGAAACGCUCAAGACCCAGCUGACCCCAACAGUAACGGUGCGAUGAACGUGCCUGAAAGCAUCAGGACGUCCAAGAGCAAGGACUUGGUCCACUGGGCCGCCACGUGGCCUCUCAACGUGCCGCCCUCUGAUGUUUCAGCGUCAUUGAGCAGCUACUCAGGAGGUCCUUCGCAGGAGAAACCGCGGUCACCUGAGGACGCCGGAGACCAUAGAUAUUCCGUCUCUGCACGACGUCUCUCCGAACGACGGAGGAGUUGGUUGAAGGCCAGCGAGGCCAGUAAAGGCAAGAACCCAGGGUUUGUGAGCCAACGCAACCAGCUUCGAGAGAUGGUCUCCACCAUGAUGAAAACGAUGACGCAGACCUUUGAUCGUUCCGUGUGGCACGCGUGCGAUGUACUGCAUCCAGAUGAGGAGAUCGAACAGGCCCACGCACGUCAACAGAAGGUCCUGGAAGAUCAGAUUGAUCAGUUCAAAGGUCUAAAGCCUGCAAUCAAGGGCCGGCGCAAGUCACAACGUCGGGAAUCGACGCGCAGAUCCUUUGGAAUCACGGCGGGCAGCAGCAUGACCAGGGUUACUCCACCACUUGCCAUCGCGGUCGAAAAACCGGACGAGAAAGUGUUGGCGCAUUUGGCCAAGCAGACGGGUUGGUCCGUCUUGGAUGUCGAGGAGGUUUGGGAAGUCUUUUCCUCGCACGCACCGACUGGUCGCAUCGGCGUGCAAUCGCAGGAUUUCACCCUCUUGGUGCAGGAAAUUUACGAUGGAGUGACAGACGAAGAGAUCAUGCUCUUGCAACAACACAUGAGGGCCGUGCGGACACGGAAUAAAGCCCGCUCACGGAUGAUGCGACGGGCCUUGACUGGAGGUUUAGAGGCAACAACAGACAAGUCGGAAAUACGUUUCAGCGAGUUCUAUGUGGCCCUGGUGAAAUGGCUCACUCUGCAGGAGGCUCGCGUGGAGGCUGCGAGGAUGAUGUUCCAUGAACGCAAGAGCCGCUGCUCCUUGAAACGCUUUGCCUAUCAAGAGACCUUCACCGUGGAGUCCCGUGAGCCCUACGGAGGCCUCUUCGGCGUGACGCAGGCCUUGAUGGCACAGCAGGCGCAACGCAAGGCCAGCGAUGGAAGUCAAACCGUUUCCGACAGCAGCGAUGACGCGGAAGAUGAUGAGAAAGAGGCUGAGGAGCAACACCUGCUGAUGGUGCCUGAUUGCUAUUUCCAGCUCACGAGUCCCAGAUCUUCUGCUGGCUCCAUAAGUCGGCUCCUUUGACGGCAUCACCCCUUAAAGGGGCCAGGUGCGUGCAACGUGGCGCAGCAGUGCGGCAGACUGAGCCAG